AUGUCGGUGAGAAAGAAUUUUUCCGACGAAGCACUAUGGCGAUCGGCUUGUGCUCGAGUUUGUAGAGAGGAAGAGGUUCUUGGCAAUGAACCUUUAUGUCUGUUGAAUGAUAGUGUAUGUAGGCGUGCCUGCGAAAUACCUUGCCACAUGAAAAAAUACGACGGUGUUCUAGACUGUGAGAAAACUUGCAGUGUCGAAAUAAGCGCAAGAAAUUGGACUGAAUUUGAAGUAUGCAAAAGUAACUGCAAGCUAGCAAGCAAAUUCUUUUUUAUUCCUUUAAGACCAUACGUAGAUUUUAAGAAUCUAUCGCUUCCCGAAUUUGAAAAAUAUAUUGGAACCGACCUAUCUUGGCCGGAUCUGCGAUGCAAUGAUAAAGGCUUUGUUGUAUCUCCACCUCCACAGCACGACGAUCCAUCUUCUCAUAGAAUGUACGAAGUUAUCGUGACUGACGUGAUCAACGAAAAUAGUUCUCAGCCGUUAUAUCGAUGUAAAGUAGUGAAAGAGCCGAAACUCGACUUAAAUAAUAUCGAUGAAAUAUUUCCAUUAUCCCAAAUACACAAGGGGUUAGCUGUUUCCAUCAUUGAUGCUGAACCAAGGUAUCUUUUGAAAGUGCCACAGUACGUUGUAAAAACAAAUAGCAAGGCCGCCCUUUACGUCAACGGAAAACUUGGUUUAAUUCCUCCCAAAGCUUCUACACCUUCCGUAGGAGUUAUCGCUACAACAAGCACCUUAGCAAAAACAACCGUUGAAGACACGAGCAAAUCGACUACUGAUUAUGCAACGACAACAACGGCAAAGACUGCUAAAUUGACAACAUCACCACCGGGAACGUCCUUAUCGGAAGUCACCUUAAUAGUAGUCCUAGCUGUUGUUGUUACGGUAGGCGCAAUAAUUGGCGCCUAUUUCAUAUAUAAAUGGCACAAGAAAAGAUCACCAGUUUUGAAAAAAGAAGAGGAAAUUACGAAAAUGCCUUCAAAGCUCGUGAAAGAUGUCUUACCACCGCCAAAUCUACCUGUGACAGGCGAAUGCCAAAACGAGAAAUGUAUUGAGCAAUAUAAGCUGUUGGAAAAAAGAGUUGAUGAAAUUUUAAUGGGAUUGAAGAAUGACCGUCCAGUUAAUCUAACACCAACCACGGUUUACAUAGCCACAGCCAACGUGUGCCCAACUGUCAAGACAUUAAUGCAGUCUUUACAAGCCCUUGAGUAUGAUUGUGCUCUUCCAGCAAUGGAGAAAGACAAGGCUUUUGAAGUUGGUGAUGGUCCUUGGACGUUUCAACGAUUAGCCUCAGCAAGCAAGAUUAUUAUGAUUGUAAGCCAAGAGCUGCUCAAAUGUAUUAGUCUCUUCGAGAAAACAUUAAGCGUUGGAGAUUCUGGUGGUACCUUUUCGAAUUCAGAACUUCGAAUGAUUUGUGAAUGGAAAUAUGCACUCAGUUUGGAGUAUGACUUUCCUACACAGAGUCGUCUUAUUUUGGCUGCAGUAGACGAUACUGAUAGUGAUACUAUCAAGAGUAUUCUCACUUUACAAUCCAAGUCUGUGCUAAGAUUGCCCGCUGAUCGAUGCAAAAUCUUGGCGGCUGUGACCGGUUUAUCGGAAUCAGAUUGUCGCGUUAACAUUACUGUACAGAAGACUAUGCCGGAGAAAAAGUCCGAUCAACCUGAUGAUCGAUUUGAAAUACCGCUAUCGGAUGAACUAUUAAGGGAAUUGUCAUCCUGUGAAGACAGUUAUGCAUCUGAUGAUGAUAGCGAUAUAUCAGAUAAUGACACUUUAAGUAUCAUUAUUAAUGAGAAUCGCCUUCCACCCCUAUUUGUUCCGGAUGUAAGUAUACCAAUAGAAGAUAUCGGACGUACAAAGACCCAAACUGAAAUGAUCGAUCCAUACGCUUAUGCCUAG